AGAGAACAAACAUUGAUAAAGAAGCUUGUUCAUCAAUCUUGCACUUUCAGUUUCAGUUCCAGUUCCACACACUCCUCUUCUUCUUCUUCUUCAACAUCAUCAUCAUCACCAUAAUAACCUAUACAUUCAACUUGUACUGCAUUUGCAAUGGGAACUCAUACCCAUACCCACAACUAACAAUGGAAGCUGGCCGAAGACGAGUGCUCACACGCAGAAACCCUCUUUCCGAUUGCACCAACACUUACUCUUCCUCUGUUCCCCUAAAACCUAACAAACCCAACCCAUCUUCUUCUGCAUUCAAUAAACCUUCCCCCAAACUCACAUCUGCGACCAACGUUCCCACGAAUCUUGAUAAUGCCUCAAACCCUAGCUCUCCUCCAUUGCCCAUUCUUUCUACGCCUUCGCUCAAAACCCCUUCUCUUAAAGGGAAUGUUGAUCCUGAAGCUUCUAAGCCUAUUUCAAUUCUCUAUAGCCGAAGAUGUUCUUCAAAUAAAAGGAAGUAUAAAGGGAAGGCAGUGGCCAUUCCUGUCUGUAGCACACCCAUCAUGAAGAUAUCUGAUACUCGGGAAAAAAGUGAUGGGGUUGAAGGUGCGAAUCUACGCAAGUCCAAGGCAUUGACAGUUCCUUGUAUAAAGAAGCAGCGUGCUGUUUUCACGGAUCCCCCGCUGCAAGAUUUUAUCAAAGAACAGAAAGCCUACUUUAAAGAGAUUGAUGAAUUUGAACUGCUAGAGGAGGAGGUUAAAUCUAUUGAUGAGCUGGAUUAAGUGGAGGAGAUGUAAUACAUGUUUAAAUAGCAGCUUGAAACUUCUUUAUUUUGGCAGGUUGUACAGUGUUUGAUAUGUUAGUUUUCACUAUGAAAUCUGCCUCAGUGCCAUCUCUGUGAUCUUAUUAAUGUUAGUUUUUGAUCUUCUUUGUAAUAGUCUAAUGGUAAUAAUAAAGUUAAAAUU